AUGUCGUUUAUGGGGAAGAAGGAGAGUAGUCCAGUUUCGCCAUUAAAGAAGCGAAGAGCAAGCUGGUCGGAACUUUGGCUUAACCAUCACCAUCUGUUGUCUUCUCCACCGCUAGAUUUAUCCUCAAAGUUUCAGUCUUUAACUCCUCCAAUCUCCAAAUCCAAAACCCUACUUCCCGAUUUCACGAAAACCGAUCUGACCCUUCUCUUACCCGACCUCACUCUCCUCACAAUCAUUGAGAAAGUCCCUAAAUCUCACCGGAAGAAUCUCUCUUUGGUUUGCAAGAGAUGGUUUAAACUCCAUGGUCGUCUUGUUCGUUCGAUUAAGGUAUCUGAUUGGGAAUUUCUCGCUUCUGGUAAGAUGAUUUCGAGGUUUCCUAAUCUGGAUACUGUUGAUUUGGUUAGUGGGUGUCUGAUUUCGCCGCCAAAUUCAGGUGUUUUAGUUAAACAUAGGUUAGUUUCGUUUACUGUUGGUGUAGGGUCUUAUCAGAGUUGGAGCUUCUUUGAGGAAAAUCUCUUGUCAGUUGAAAUGGUUGAUAGAGGGUUAAGAACACUCGCAGGUGGUUGCUCGAAUCUACGGAGACUCGUAGUGAGUAAUACUAGUGAAGUAGGGUUGUUGAAUGUAGCUGAAGCGUGUUCGAGGUUGCAAGAACUCGAAUUGCAAAAGUGUUCUGACAAUGUUUUGCUAGGGAUUGGUGCGUUUGAGAAUCUGCAGAUCUUGAGAUUAGUUGGGAAUGUCGAUGGUUUGUAUAGCUCGUUGGUUUCGGAUAUCGGUCUGAUGAUUUUGGCUCAAGGGUGUAAGAGACUGGUGAAGCUUGAGCUCGUUGGAUGCGAGGGAGGAUUUGAUGGGAUUAAAGAAAUAGGCAAAUGUUGUCAAAUGCUCGAGGAACUCACUGUUUGUGAUCAUAAGAUGGAGUCGGGUUGGCUUGAAGGUCUUCGGUACUGUGAGAAUCUAAAGACGCUGAAACUCGUGUCUUGUAAAAAAAUCGAUCAUGAUCCUGCUGGUCUAGGUGAGUGCUUGAGCGGUUGUUGUCCUGCGCUCGAGCGGUUGCACUUGGAGAAGUGUCAAUUAAGAGAUAAGAAUACCGUAAAGGCUUUGUUCAAGAUGUGUGAAGCGGCGAGAGAGAUUGUUUUCCAGGAUUGUUGGGGACUGGAUAAUGAGAUCUUCAGCUUGGCGACGGCUUUCGGGAGAGUGAAACUUCUGUAUAUAGAAGGAUGCUCAUUGCUAACAACACCGGGUCUAGAAUCCGUGAUUCAACAUUGGCACGAGCUAGAACAUCUGAAAGUGGUUUCGUGCAAGAACAUAAAAGAUUCAGAGAUCUCUCAAUCACUGUCAGCUUUGUUCUCAGCCUUAGUAGAAUUUCAGUGGAGACCAGACACAAGAUCACAUCUCUCUUCAAGCCUUACGGAGACCGGGAUUGGGAAGAAAGGCAGUAAAUUUUUCAAGAAAACAUGA